CAGAUAUGCAGGUGUAGAUCUUCGACCUCGAGUCUUGAUCAACAUUGCAGAUUCAUUCACUCAUUCUUUAUUUUUCUAAUUAAUUAUCAACUAUCAACUAUCAGCUUCUGAAUAUAUCAAAUACCUUCUUAUCACUCACUGUCUUUCUCUAUAUCAUUUCAUCAUCGAUCGUUGAAUGUCAUCGCGCUCAGACCGGGCGCUGUCCCUUGCCUCGCCCCUUUCUUCUCCUCGGCCAAUCACCGCCUUCGCUGCCUUCUCCUCCUCUCCUCCUCAUCGCCUCUAUCUCCAUCGCCAUCGCCAUCUCCAUCGUAUUCUCCAUCGUCAGUCUUGCUCCCUUUUGCUUGACUGUACCUUGGAGGACCCCACUCCAACCUCGCCCAUCUUCACACACCCUCCCCGUUGUCUGUCCACGCUUCAAAAACGGCUUCCUUCUUCCACCAUCCGCAGAUUCUACCAUCGCGCGAGGCUGAAGAGAUUUCCCUUUCCGACCUCCCCCCGCGUGGCUUCCAGUCGCGUCGUCCUUGGUUCCAGGCCGAUCGUCCGAUAUCCUUAUCCACAGGGACAUCUCAGAACUUUUCCUUCUCGUCCUCGAGAUCCCACCACCCACAGCGACGCGCACAUUCCUUGAUAUCAGCCUUCUCCAACAACCAGCAUAAUACCGGGGAUCAUUCCAGUCUUCGCUCGAUUAUACGGCCUCCUGCCGUGAGACUCGCCAAUCCGAUCAACCACGUACCGCGGAUUACCCCGGUCGCUUUCCCCCAACAGCUACAGGCUCCGUCGGACGACAAUCUACCCCUCGAAGCCCA